AUGAAGCCCUGCAGAGCGAGGCGUGAUGUCAGGGCUCAGCUCUCUCAUCUGCACCGGAGUCCAGAGGAGCGUCGAGCGGGGCAGGAGGGAGAGCUGAACCCAGGAGACGGCGCCCAUCACACAUCCCCAGGAACAGGGACCUGCUCAAAAAGAAGAGAGACAAACGGGAGCAGGAUCGAGGGACGAGGCAGCAGGAGCUCAGACAGCAGGGCCAGAGCAAGGGAGGAGCUGGGAGAGCGACCCCGAACCAGCAGCCGUCACCAAAAACAGGCCAGCAGUCGUCCCACACUCCCUUCAACAGAACAGCAGGGAGCUCCUCCGCCGUCUCGGCCCAGCAGUGUCUGUUGCCACAGUACCCAACGCUAAAAUGUCAAACAGAUGCUUCUAGACUGGUGCCGGGCCAAAACAGAGCCAUAUGAGGGGGUGGACAUCCAGAACUUCUCCUCCAGCUGGAAAGACGGCAUCGCCUUCUGUGCUCUGGUGCACCGCUUCUUCCCCGACUCGUUCGAAUACUCCAUCCUCAACCCCAACAUGCCCAGGGACAACUUUCAGUUGGCGUUCAGCACCGCAGAGAGGCUGGCCGGCUGCCCUCCCCUGCUGGACGCCGACGACUUGAUCCGGAUGAAAGAGCCUGACUGGAAGUGUGUGUACACCUACAUCCAGGAGUUCUACCGCUGCCUGGUGGAGAAAGGACUGGUCAAACCAAAAAGCGGCCGUAGACUCGAACAAACCAACUCCAGCUUUGAAAAGCUGAUUCGCCUUUUGCCACAAGAGAAUUACGUUGCACGCCUUUUCCUGCUCCAUCUUCUCGUUGAUUCUCCGCUAUUUUUCACGUCUUGA